AUGGCCUUGCCCCGCGAAGCCGCCCCAGGCGGGGGCAAACCGAGCCCCGGCGGGGUGAGUCUAGCCCCCGCCGCGAGCCCAGGCUGCCCCCGCCGGGCUGGCCCCGCGUCCCCGCGGGGCUCGGGCUGCCGCGGCUGCUGGGGCGACCUGGUGCUGCAGCCGCUGCGGCGCUCCCGGAAACUUUCCUGGGCGCUGGGCGCCGGCUCUCUGCCGCUGCUCUUGGCCUUGCUGGUGCGGCUGGUCGGCGCGGAGCUCGACUGUGACCCAGAGCAGCUCCGGGCGGCGGCGGCGGCGGCGGGCCCGGGUGCGGAAGGGGGCGUCUUCCCAGGGCCUCGGGGAGGUGCUCCGAGGGGCGGCGCGCCGCGCAGCGCUUGGCUGCAGCCCUGGGCGCUGCUCUUCAGUCUCCUGUGUGCCUUCUUCUGGAUGGGCUUGUACCUCCUGCGCGCCGGGGUGCGUCCGCCUCGGGCCGUGGCGCUGCUGGCCGCCUGCUGCGGGGGGGAAGCGCUCGUGCAGAUUGGGCUGGGCGUCGGGGAGGAUCACCUACUCUCGCUCCCAGCCGCUGGGGUGGUGCUCAGCUGUUUGGCCGCGGCGACAUGGCUGGUGCUGAGGCUGAGACUCAGGCUGGGCGUCCUCAUGAUCGCCUUGACUAGCGCGGUCAGGACCGUGUCUCUCCUUUCCUUAGAGAGGUUCAAGGUCGCCUGGAGACCGUACCUGGCGUACUUGGCUGGGGUGCUGGGGAUUCUCCUGGCCAGGUACGUGGAGCAAAUCUUGCCCCCGGCGGCUCCGAGGGAGCACUUUGGGUCCCAGCUGAUUGCUGGGACUAAGGAAGAUACCCCGGUGUUUAAGAGGAGGAGGCGGUCCAGCUCCGUGGUGUCUGGCGAGAUGUCUGGCUGCAGCAGCAAGUCGCACCGGAGGACCUCCCUACCCUGCAUCCCGAGAGAACAGCUCAUGGGACAUUCGGAUUGGGAUCAUAAGCGAGGGCCAAGAGGAUCUCAGUCUUCAGGAACCAGUAUUACUGUGGAUAUUGCUGUGAUGGGCGAGGCUCAUGGCCUCAUCACUGACCUCCUGGCGGACCCUUCUCUGCCCCCGAACGUGUGCACCUCUUUGAGGGCCGUGAGCAACCUGCUGAGCACACAGCUCACCUUCCAGGCCAUUCACAAACCCAGAGUUAGCCCCAUCAUUUCCUUCAGUGAGAACUACACCUGUUCUGAUUCUGAAGAAAGCUCUGAAAAAGACAAGCUGGCCAUUCCCAAGCGCCUGAGAAGAAGUUUGCCCCCAGGAUUGUUGAGGCGAGUAUCAUCCACGUGGACAACCACCACCUCGGCCACAGGUCUGCCCACCUUGGAACCGGCCCCUGUUCGGAGGGACCGCAGUGCCAGCAUCAAGCUGCAUGAAUCACCUUUAUCCAGUGCUGUUCAUCCUGAUUCUUGGAAUAACCCAGUGAUGACGACUCUCACUAAAAGCAGAUCCUUCUCAUCUGCAUAUGCUGUCUCUGCAGCUAAUCACGUGAAGAUGAAGAAGCAGACUCUACCAGAUGCCCUCGCUAAUAUUUCACCUCUCUCAUCACCCUGCGCUUCACCUAUUCAAGGGACUCCUGCAAGCAGCCCUAUUAGCAAAAUUUCUGCUGUGCAUUUUCCUGAAUCUUCAGAAACAACUGCCAAACAAGGCCCAAGUUCGCAAAGGGCCUUAUCUUAUUACACUCAGAGCGCCCCGGACCUGUCUUCUCAGAUCCUGACUCCAUCAGCACUAUGUCGCAGCUGUGGCAGACCAUAUUCCCACGGGCAUCCUGCUGACGGGCCGCUGGAGAAGGGUAGCGCCGCCAUGCGGACACCGAGCAGAACGGGGGAUGACGCAGCUCAAGUUACCUCUGAUUAUGAAACCAAUAACAACAGUGACAGCAGUGAUAUUGUACAAAACGAAGAUGAGACGGGGUGCACGAGAGAACCACUGAGGAAAGGGUCAGCUUGUGGCACCUACACCCCGGAGACCAUGCUAUUCCUGGACAAGCCGAUUCUUGCUCCAGAACCUCUUGUUAUGGAUAACCUGGACUCAAUCAUGGAUCAACUAAAUACUUGGAAUUUUCCGAUUUUUGAUUUGAUGGAAAAGAUAGGAAAGAAAUGUGGCUGUAUUCUUAGUCAGGUGUCAUACAGGCUUUUUGAAGACAUGGGUCUCUUUGAGGCUUUUAAAAUUCCAAUUAGGGAAUUUAUGAAUUACUUUCAUGCUUUGGAGAUUGGAUACAGGGAUAUUCCUUAUCAUAACAGAAUCCAUGCCACGGAUGUCUUACAUGCUGUUUGGUAUCUUACCACGCAACCUAUUCCAGGACUCUCAACUGUGAUUAAUGAUCACGGGUCAGCAAGUGAUUCAGAUUCUGACAGUGGAUGUACACAUGGACAUAUGGGAUAUGUUUUCUCAAAAAUGUACAGUGUGCCAGACGAUAAAUAUGGAUGCCUCUCUGGGAAUAUCCCUGCCCUGGAGUUGAUGGCACUGUACGUGGCUGCAGCCAUGCACGAUUACGACCACCCAGGAAGGACGAAUGCCUUUCUGGUGGCAACUAGUGCUCCUCAGGCAGUGCUAUAUAACGAUCGUUCAGUUUUGGAGAACCAUCACGCAGCUGCUGCAUGGAACCUUUUCAUGUCCCGGCCAGAAUAUAACUUCUUAGUUCACCUGGACCAUGUGGAAUUCAAGCAUUUCCGUUUCCUUGUCAUUGAAGCAAUUUUGGCCACUGACCUGAAGAAACACUUUGACUUCGUAGCCAAAUUGAAUGCCAAGGUCAAUGAUGAGGUUGGAAUCGAUUGGACCAAUGAAAAUGAUCGUCUGCUGGUUUGUCAGAUGUGCAUAAAGUUGGCUGACAUCAAUGGACCGGCUAAGUGUAAGGAGCUCCACCUUCAGUGGACAGAGGGGAUUGUCAAUGAAUUUUAUGAACAGGGAGAUGAGGAGGCCAGUCUGGGACUGCCAAUCAGCCCGUUCAUGGACCGCUCUGCGCCUCAGCUGGCCAAUCUCCAGGAAUCCUUCAUCUCUCACAUCGUGGGUCCUCUGUGCAACUCCUAUGACUCAGCAGGACUAAUGCCAGGGAGGUGGGUGGAAGACAGUGAUGAGUCAGGAGACACGGAUGACCCAGAAGAAGAGGCAGAAGAAGUAGCAACUGAGGAGGAAACCUAUGAAAAUAAUGAAUCCCCAAGAAAGAAAACUUUCAAAAGGAGGAAAGUCUACUGCCAAAUAACUCAGCACCUCCUGCAGAACCACAAGAUGUGGAAGAAGGUCAUCGAAGAAGAGCAGCGGUUGGCAGGUGUGGAAAAGCAAGCCCUGGACCAGCCAGCUCUGCUGCACUCCUCAGACCAGAUUCAGGCUAUCAGGGAAGAAGAGGAAGAGAAAGGGAAGCAGAAAGCAGAGGAGAUCCCAGCUCCACAGCCAAACCAGUGACAAUUGGCAGACAGGCCGCGUUUCCAAACAGACUCACUUGUCACAGACUCUUUUCAAGCCAGCACAACACUUAGACACAACACUGUAGAAAUAUGAGAAGAUGGACAAACAGCGAUGGCAUAUUGAGAGUCUUUGCAUUUUUUGUGUAUCUUUUUACAGUAAGGUACAUUGUUUAAACUUACUCAAAGAAGCUUUCACACUGCAACACCAGCUUCUAAAUUUUGUGUGUGUUUGUUUUUUUUAAGGAGGAAAUAUGUGUGUAUGUGUGUGUGUGUAAAUGCACACGCUAAUACAUGUAAAUCAUAUGCACACACGUACAUGCACACAUGCACAUAUUCAAAAAGCCAGAAUCACUGGCCCAUAAUUUAAUAACAUUCAUAUUAAGAUAUAUAAUGGUCACUGUGAUGUCAUAAAUCAUAAAGGAAAACAAAUCACAAAGGAAAUGGUGCAGCUUAACCAGGAAACAGUACAUCAAAUGUAGGUUGCCAACUAGUAGGCAGCUUUUGCCCUUAAUACUGAGGGAAGAAAGAUCCAGAGCAUUAUUGGAAUUCUGAUACAUACUGCUAAUACUGCCUGUGUAAGUGUGUGUAGCCAGGGAUUGAAAGGGUGCUUGUGUGCAUGCGUGUUGGUAUGAAUGUAGAGAGAGAAUUUUGUAGUUUUAGUCAUUUAUAGAAUAACUAGCCAAUGACUUAGUGCAUGUGAACCAAGAGAAGGAAGUUCACUCUGGAGUGUCUUGAAGAGGCAGCCAUUCCAAAUGCCCUCUUCCAGUGAGCUGCCAAGGAAGAUUCCUUUGCAGCUACAGCGUGUCCAUGGACUGGUUGAGAGGGCCUGAUUGGAAACUACUGCUGUGCACUAUUCAGAGGUGCUCUGACCAGCCUCAAACAUGGGAAGAAGGCAUUGUUCAAUCUGUAAGCCCAAUGAAUGUAUAGGAGGAGCACCGUGUCUAUGAGUCCGUGUGUCAAUCACCUAAGAUCAAAUCACCAUUUUAAGGGAUGGCAUUCUCUACACAUACACAGUUCUAAGAAGAUGCUCAAAGCAGGUCCUUUGAGUUGGAAUUCUAGAUGGUUGCUGGAGAAGGCCGGGCGAGUUAUACAGUGAUCUUUUAUGACUUUUUAAGUUUGCUGGGAAACAUGUCAGAGAAAAUGAGAAGGAAAGGCAAACAAGUACAGUGUUCAGCUAGGUGGAUGGAUUUCCUCCAAGGGUUUUGGUCAUGGUGGCUUAGUACAAGGCUGACUCUUGACAACGGUUGAAGACUCACUUUGGGAGGUAAAGCUCCCACUGACAGCCUCUGCCUGGUAUUCCACAUGUGGCGAUAGGUCAGUGUCUGCAUCUGGCCUGCUGUCCUCUGUCUUUUGGCAGGGAAGGUAUCUGGGGGUUGGGCCUCUAUCAUUGAAAGUAGUUUUUGUGUUGUUUUGCUUGUAUGUGUUUUGGGUUUGUUUAUCUACACUUGGUUAUGCUGUGAGCCAAACCUCUAUUUAAAAAGUUGCUACUCACUUUCAAUAUUUUAUUUCACAUUAUUAUAUUUGUCAUGCAUAGCUAUCGUGAUGUAAAUAUAAAGAUUUUGUUGUUGUCUUUGUAGAUAGUAAACUCUAAAAAAAGGGAAACAUUUUUAUAAAGUUAUAUUUUAAUCACCAUUUUUAUACAUUGUGGCCACCUCCAAGCCCAAUAAGACAAUGAUGAUUCAUUUGUAGGGUGGUGAUGGGCAGCCACUCAUCCACCUACUCGAAUGAUAAUCCCAUAGAAUUGCUGUUUGUUCAUUUAAUGAGGAAGCUGACAAUGAUUUUUCAUUCGUAACUUUCACUAACUAAAAGAACGUGGUGUCCUUGUCUCCCCGAUGUCUUUCUGAUCCAGGAGAUACAGACUGCCUCUAACCAGGACCCGUCUCUUCCCAACACUCUUUUGUUGUAACUCCCCCUGCAGACCCAUGUGUGGCCCUGGGCUUCCACCCCUUCUUAGAUUGCUAGUGAUUUCACCACUUGAUUUCCUCGGACAUCAUAAGAAGAGUGUUUACAUUAAAACUGCUUUUGUUUCUCAUAAGUGGAUAUUGUAUUCUUCUGAAGCAAUGAUUUAACAGGAAUCCAUGCUAUUUUUUCAAACACAAUAAUAGCACAUACAAAGAAAACACUGCUUGAAGGCAAUUUCUCAACUAUUAGGGCAACUAAGAAAAAGAUCAAGUAGACUCAAACACCUACUUAAAUGAUCAGAAUCUAUUUCAGUCUUUUUCUGAAUAACACCAGGUUUUUGUUAUUUCGGAUUUAUUUUGUUCCUUGCUACUUUCUUAGUAUGGUCUGUGGAGUACCCCCUCUCCCCACGCCCUGCUCAUUUGUAGAUACCAGUGAUCGUGGGCCAAAUGCAUGUCUCCAUUGAAUUUUCCUCUCACUCUUCCUUUGCAAGUAAGGAAAAAAAAUAACCCAUCAUUUUAACUUACAUGGCCCCUUAUAGCUGAUUACAGAACAAUGAAUUUCUCUCUCCCAAAUCAGCUAUGUUUCUGAAAUAAAUAUCAAUUGGGAAAGAUCAAGUGGUGGUGUGAGUGGGAUGAUGGAAAAUGCAAACUUGAACUGAACGUUUGUCGUUUGUCGAUACCGAAUCACAUUGCGGCAGCUUUUCUCAAAACUCCAUGGCCUCAGUAAGAGGCCGCCUAGAUGAUGGUGUGGCAACCUAUGCACACUGCCCGAUGUUUGUUUUACUCUGCAGUCCAUGGAAUGAUAGGACUAAUAGUCGCCACUGUAAUUACAACCUGUUCAUUUCAGAAUUGUUUUUACCUACCUAGGGAGAUUGAUAAUUACAGCCAGAGGUUAUCCUUUGUUGUUUAAAUGAGUAGGAUAAUUGGGGAAAGGAUGGGUAUUCAUCAAGUUGGUUGCAUCCCUGCCCAUACACAGUGCGUAAUGACAUACAAAGAUCUUUUCUUCUAGUGACAUGUUCUUCUCCUCCCAGGUAGCAGUACUGCCACUCCGCAGCUUACUUCCUGUAGAGUCAGUGUAGUCAUACAAUUUACUACAUCUAAUAUGAGCUGAUUUGUAAACAUCAUUAAUUUAACUCAGGUCUUUUGAAAGAAGAGAUUUCUAAUUCACUUAGGGAAAAGCAUAUUUGUAGGGGAUCUAUAAAAUCAAAGGAAAGAAUGGUUGGAACUGUUUACCUGGAUGCCAGUUGAUUAGUUUUUUGUUAAGUAAAAGACCAAGUAUAUUUAGAAUGCCAUGGACAUCAUUUUCAGCUUAAUAAGAAUCCCUUUCCACUUCUCUACCAAAACUAACCUUUAGAAUAUUGUUUGAUUAGUGAAAAUACCAUUUUCCCUGUUUGUUUUUAUCAUGAAAUCCUUUCCACCCUUCUUCAUUUACACCCUCAUGUAUCUUUGUUGAUCUUCAGCUGACAAGUGAAGGAAGUUCCUCCUAUUCAUUUCAGAAAGUAUCCAAUUUGCUGAAAACAUUAUCCAUUUUGUCUGUUCUGUAUGGACAGAAUUUCAGAACAAAUUCUGGUCACGGCAGUCACAGUGAGAAUGCCGAGAGAGAACGCCACACCAUACAGAGUGUCGCUAUUCGAAUCGCUGAGUGGAAACUGGUGGUUCUCCAUUUCCCUGUAUCUCUGUCCCUGUUUUCCAGAGAAUUUUCAUUGAAGGUAAAAGGUGUGCAAAAAGCACGAGACUCAGGCCUAGUCUUUGUUUAAAUGUUGGAGAAAUAUAAAUUAUUUUCUAAGUAAUAAAGAUAUGCAAAUCAUCCUUAUAAAUAAAGCCUAAAGUUUGAAAUGCCUGCUUUAAAAAGUGAAUGAUGUGUGUGAUGAACAACUGACUAACACAGGGAUGAAGCAUUUAGAAGUCACCAAUAUUUUCCUUUUGAAGGUAUUUCUUUCAAGUCGGGCUAGAAUCUUCACUAUCAUUAUUUAAAAUAUGAUGAAAAUAACCAUGGAAGCCACAAGAGUGCUUGUUUAGCCCUUGACUCCUUUUAAUGUCUUUCCUGAUUUAUAUAUCAUGGCAUAUAAAUUGGCAGAAGGCUUCCAUAAGCAGAGUUCUGUGAACUUUCAUGUUCUAGAGUAGGUCAAGAGUCUCUAUUUUCUAAGGAUGAUCAAUUAGGGUGCAUGGUGGAAAAUUCAGUCAAUUGUCAUAUCAGAUAGUUCAAGUUCUGAUAUGUAAGAUCUACAUAUCUGUACAAGACAAAAUCCAACUGCAUUUCCUGCGUCCACUCUCACCUCACAGACAGGGAAAUAAUGUAUGUCCUUGCUCUGGUUCCGUCCCUUCUCCCGUGGCUUCAUCAGGAUGUAACGCUAUAAAUGGUUGAAUCUUGUCAUUGCAUUUUUCUAGUCAGGUCAGCCAAAUUCGAACUUGAGACUUGGAGACCAUUUAGGCGUGUUCAGUGAAGAACGAUCCAAAAGUAAACUACUCUUAGAAUUCCAAAUCAGAAAGGAGUUUGCCAAUUUUUACAUCCUAGAUUCAUCUGUUUGUUUCUCUAAAAAGUACUCAGAUUCUAACUGAAAAGUCAAUGGGAGGUGUGAAUUAAAGCAAAAUCACUGAGUUCAGUAAAAGGCAAACAUAACUUAAACUUGAGUUUUCCAGAGAAUCUAUGUUAAUCACGGGUGUAGCAUGGUCUGAGAAGAGCCAGAACAUUUUCCAGUUUAUAGUGAACACCAUUGAUGCAUAGGAAUCUGUGUGGUUGCCAAACAGACAGCAAAAGUUACGAUAAUGGUGCUUUUACUUCUUCUGGAUUUAAUGUUACAUUCAUGCUAACAAAUCGUUCUAGCAUUGGGUUAAUAAUAGUGACAAAAGGCAAUUGGACACUGUCACUAAAUAUAUUUGAUGAUAUAAAACUGAAAAUUCAGACUACUUGGUAGCUUUAGAUCAACUAAUUAAAAAAUUCAGAUGCUGUGUAAAUUAUCUUAGGGAAGUUGAGGCUACAAAGUAUGAAAUAAUAUAUACACACAAAACAAAAUUGACUUUUGAUACAUGAUUCAGAUUCUAAAGUAUGCUUUUAAAUCUGAUUAUUUUGGCAGGCAUUGAUAUCCAUAGGUUCCUGAUUCUCUAGGGACUCAUAGACAACAAAAGACCAACCCUUCUCCUUAUUGAUAGGAAAUACUGAAUAUAUAUAGGACUAGAUGGAUUCCUUCAUUACUUCACAUCAAGAAAUGGUAUUUUAAUUAUGAAAAUAAUUUUUUCAAAGAGAAUAAUGCUAAAUCACAUGUAAGCAGCAUUGAGAACAUUUAAAUUUUAUUUAUGUUCUUGAAUUACAGGUUUUUUACAGUGUGUAAUUAAAAUAAAAUCCAUAAAAUAUAGUUUCAUGGUACUGAGAUAUUAAAUAGUUUGCUGUAAUCUGAACUAGUGUUAAGCUGUAGAAAACUGGGAAGAAGAUUAUUUGAUAUUUCUGAUAUUAAAUAUCAAGUCAUGCCUUGAAGACGAUGUUUCAUGAAGGGCCCAAUAAAUAAAUGACAAAUAAAAAUUAUCUUAGUCACAAUUUUACUUUGGCUAAAUACGAAAAAAUAUAUAAUCCAAAUCUUUCUGAAUUAGCACCCCCUAAUGCCCCCUCCUCAAGGAGUGUGUCAUCCAGGAUUAUAUCCUGAUUUAGGUUGUUGUAAAAAAAGUGAUAUGUUAGUAUUUUUAUUUACUAAGUUCCAACACAAUUAUAACAAGCAUUUUACUACUAAAAAAAAAUUAAAACUCAGUCAUCCUGACAUCCAAACAUAAAUACUAUUCACUACACCCUUCUUCCAAGCAUGAUCAAAUGGUAGCUUAGCAUUUGAAAUCCACAAAGAAAAUGAAAUAUAAAUUAAUUUGUAAAGCUCUAGUGCUGUAAAUUGUUAGUACGUGAAAGUACCUAUUACAAAAGAAAGAAAACCCACAGCAGAGAAUCGUUUCCUCCUUUCUUUUCCAAGAAGAAACCAAACAACCACAAAAGUCUUAACACAGGAGAAAAGCAUGGCUGCUCUUUGUGUUACGUCUGUUAUCCAAAAUUAGUAAAGGGAAUAUACAAAGACGUCUUGCCCUCAUUCUAAAAGCAAGCCUGUUCCCUCAGAUUCCCAUUCAUCAUGCCUGGUUUCAUUUGAAACCUUUGCCAGCAUGCAGCACAAGGAGCAGGAUUGUGGAUUCGAAGGGAACCUACAUAGAAUGGGAAAGACCAUCCAGUACAUCCCUGCUGCUUGAGGAUAAACCAACUUAGUGAAUAAGUGGCUCUGGAGUAAAAAGGAUUAACAGACAAAUGUUUCCACCCAGUCUUUCUUUCCAAAAUGAGCAUUUAUAUGUGUUUCUGAAUGUGAAUUAUCCCAUGGAGCUCGGCACCUGCUGCUGCAACACCUUUUGAAAGGAACACUGAUUUUUCAUUCUCGCCAUGUUGCACCCUCUAGAGUAGGAGAAUAACUCAAUAUGGUCAAUGUGAAACGAAAAGUAAAUAUUUUAAAAUGUUUCUUUGUGUAUAUAACUUGUGAAAUGAUCGAAUAUCUCCCUACAUUUCUUUAAAAAUUCAUAAUUGAUUAUUUUUCCACUAAAAAUCAUUAUAUCAGAUAUUCCAAUUUUUAUAUUAAUGAGUGUAAUCGAAUACUAUAAAUUUGCUAUCUUCAGAUAACAACCCUAACAUUUAUACUGUAUAUAGAUAUAUGCAUUCCUGCUAGUGGGGCUUUAAUGGCUUGACUUUUAGUAUAUAUUGGUUAGCUUACAAAUCAGAAGUUUUUUAUCCUCUUUGUAACAUAUUUGCAUGGGAUUUUUACCAUAGUAAGUUAGCUUAAAUGUUUGUUGAGUUUUGUUUUUUAAGGGUAUCCAUUUAUUUCUUAAUAUAGUCUCUCACAGAAGAACACGUACCAUUUUGUUCAACAAGGACAAUGUGUUAGUUGACAAGCACUGGAAAUAAAUAUCAUGGAAGACUCUACCCCCAAAUAUAGCUCUCUAGGGAUUUUAUCAUGCAAAUUAUAAAAUACAAAUUGGUGCUUUUAAAAUAUUUUACAGGUCUCCAUGCAACAUGACAAAUAUAAGAUUCUCCCUGGUUGCCUAUAUACUAUUGAGACAUGCCACUGCAAAAAAGAUCUGAAUUCAGAGUGUUCAUGGUUUAGAUUAGUUCAUUUGGUUUUGGGUGUUAAACUGCCUUCCCAGUGAAGCAGCCAUUCUGACAACGAAAUAUCAUUGGUAACUUUUAAUUAACUUAUUGACUUUAUAAGAUAUUUGUAAACCAGAGAGUGUUAGAAUAACAUAAUUUAGUGAUCACAGAAAGCAAUAUUUCCAAGCAACUGCCAACCAAAGUGACAGUUUAGAUGUUAUUUGUAUGUGAUAAUUUUUAGCAAUGAAAUUUUCACCACUGUCAACAAACUUGAAUCCAUUUAUUCAUGGAUAGCCUUGAAAUUUUUAUCAAAGUUUUAGAAAGACUGAAGAGGGAAUUGGAAUUUAACCUUAGGUGACCGUUUUACAAAUGAAAUAAAUCUUGUCCUUUGACCUUUAUCUUGCACUUGAUUUAUGUGGCAAUACUUAAUAUCAUCCCAUCACAAGUAUUAUUUGUUUAGAAGCUUGGUUAAUGGCUGAUAAAUGUUUUAUAAAAAGUAGAAUCUGUACAGAAAAAAUAUAGAUGAAUUGUAUUUAUUUUUAUCAUUUUUUAGCUUAGCCAUCAUAAUGAUAAUCUCUUUUUUGCCAGAAUUACUGGAAGUGCCUCUUGGUUUUAUAAAUAGAUGCUAAUAUUAUAGUAAAUAUAUAUCCCAAAUAAUCAGAUUUGUGAGUCACCUAUGAUCAAUGUGGAUGCUAUAAUGUGAAGAUAAUGUAAAAAUAAAUAUAAUUCCAUGGUA